AUGGCAGAGCCGGGCCCAGAGCCGGGGCUCGCGUGGCGGCUACUGGCCCUGUGCGGUGCUGCAGUGUUCCUGGCGGCGGCCGCGGCCGGAGGGGCGCUGGUGGCCUGGAAUCUGGCGGCCACCACGGCCCGGGUUCCCAGCUGCCCUGAACCCGAGCAGGUGAACGCCACGAUAUGGCCCCCAGACUCGGCGACAGAGGUCGAAGAACUGUGGCGGCAGUUGGCGGAGGCUGAGCAGCGUCAGGAGAGCCUGGUCGGGCGGCUUCAGCGAGCAGAGGGCGACAGGAUGGAGCUGGAGGCGGCGCUCAAGGCCUGCAAGGAACGCCAGAGCCGGCUUCAGACCCAACUGAAGACUCAGAAGAUUGAGAUGGACCAGGCGAAAGCCCUAGGCACGAAGAUGGGGCUGGAGAAUGGAGAGCUGGCAGAAGCCUUGGCGCGAUGGGAGGCGGUAGCCACUGAGUCCAAGCAACAGCUGGAAGAGGCGCUCCAGCGCGCAGGCGCAGCAGAGGCCGUCGGCGAGGCCUGCGUUAGCCGCGAGGUGGCGCUGAGGGAGCACGUUUAUGCCCUGGAAGCCGAGCUCGGCACUUUAAGGAGAGAGUCGCGCCCCAGACUCCGCUCAGGAUCUAGGUCUAAGCCCAGCAUCCGCUCCCGUCUGAAGUCUGGACCCACGAAGGGCUGCCGGAGGCCACCUCGUGAUCCCCAGUAG